AUGCCCUCACUCCCCUUCCCAUCCCCUAAAAAGCUCUGCAUCUACACCCUCUCCUUCCUCUCCUUCCUGCUCACCCUCGCCAUCACCCUAUUCAUCAUCCCCUGGUACCGCGCCCACAGCUACGAAGUAUCCUACUUCACAGAAAUCCUACGCCUUGAAGACCUCGACUCCGAAUAUGCCUCGGUCGACAUCCGAGAGAUGCUGGACAUCGAGCAACCCCCCGCCUACAACACACGCCGCACGCCGCUCAUCCAGGAUAUUCCGCAGCUGCGCAGCUGGGACUGGCAGGAAAUGAUGCGGUUACACCCUGACGGCACGGCGCCGUAUACAGGGCAGGAAUUCUGGAUCUAUGUAGGGGGAACACCGAAGAAAUCGCUGUCUUUUCCUUUCAACUGGUGGGAUAAUCUCAGCUUAUUUUCAAGGCCUGCGGGUAGUUGUGUUGAUGAGGAUUAUAUCUGUGCUGCGUUUAAUAGGGGGUUUGAUCGCUUGGUUGAGAGGUACCACACCCAUGGCAAAGAGCGGACUUCAGGAGCUAGUCUCGCGUUUGUGGAUUGUGAUGUUAGUCCAUUGUUUUGCGAUGAGUGGGCGGUAGACCCUGUUAUGUUGGCUCAUAUUGAGUCGGUAGGGCCUUGCCGGAAGGUUAAAGGGGAGGUUAUGCGAGCCGCGUGUACUGUGAAAUAUCGGUCGGUGAGUUUACCGUUGAAGACGAUGCCGUUUUCGAGGAAGGAGAUGGUCGGCGGGAAGAAGGGAGUGCCUGUUGAGGUAUUCCCUAGUGCCGAGGAGCAGGUGAGGCAGCUGGUUAUGUGGGACGGGGUUCCUGCUGCCUUGCAGGCUAUGGGUAAUGAAGUCUUUGAAGUCGUGGCGGAUGCAAUCCCUAGGAAGUAG